UGCCCUGCACUCGGCCAUUCUCCAUAGCCCCAAGUUACGACCGCACAGCGAAGAAGUGAGAGGGAGAGAGAAAGAGCAAAAAAAAAAAAAAAAAGCCAGAAAGGCUUUCAAGCCUUGUGAGAAAAAAAAAGAAAAAGGGAGAGAGAGAGAAAGUAAGUUCUCAAAGAACAAGUUUCAGACAGCAGUGGGGGAGAAAACUUUUCGGGGGCUGUGGCAGAAAAGACGUGGCCGGCUGAGGAUGCUCAUGCCGAGGUGUUAAAGUUUUGGAAGCAGGAUCUGCUCCAGAAAACAAGUAACACAGGGGUGGCACGAGGUGUCAGGUUGUGCCUGAGCACAAGGGAGUGAAACUAGGGCUCAUACUGUCCAUUUCAGGGGACAGGUCAAAGAGAAACAGGAUUUGAAAUGGCUGAUGAAGAAGAUACAAGGGAAGUGCUCUUCCCACAGUGGAUGGGUGCUGAUAAACAUGGGCUUACAAUAGAGCAAAAAGCCCAAGGAGAGAUUUUCAUCAAAGAAGUGAAAGAAGAGUCCCCUGCAGCUCACACUGGGAGAGUAUUUGAAGGUGAUCAGAUUGUGGGUGCCACCAUUUACUUUGAGAACAUGAGCUCAGCAGAAACAGCUGACUUACUGAAGACGCUUAACCGACACAAAGUUGGAUUAAAACUACAGCACAAGACAGGAGACAGGUCACCUUGCCGGUCUCCCAUGGGCACACUAUCAUGGGAAGGACGAAGUGGAUUUGGAGGCUCUAGCCCUGACAUCAUCCUAAGUGGGGAUGAUGAGGACUACAAGAGAAUCUACACUAAGAAAAUUAAGCCCAGACUGAAGUCUGAGGACCUUGCAGAGGGAGUUGAUGUACGUACAGAACGUCACAGCAGCACCAGCAGUGACGGCAGCACUAUUACUACCAUUACUCGCCGAAUCACUACCUACACUGUGGACAUACCAGGGGCAUCUGGCCAGCAACAGAUUGAUAUUUCAAAUCCAGAGAUUAAAAUUCAUGUUUCACCACACGAGCAACAAGAGGGGAGCUCUGCUCAGAUCAGAUUACCGCAUGGGAGUCUUAUAAGCAAAGUUGGUGCCCAAGAGGGUAUAGAUGUGGGGGAAGUAAGACUUAGAGAUCCAGAAGCCACUAGUUCUUCUGAGAAGCACUGGAGUACAGCACAUGUCAAAACAACAAUUACAAAAAGAGGGAUAGAGGGGAGUGGGAAGGAUCUGAAACUUAAUUUGUCUGACACUGGACUGUCAGGGGAAAAAACACAAGGGGAACUGGGCCAUUCUGGGUGGAUUCAACAUGAGAUGAGUGGAAUAAGCAAAGGUUCAGUCACCGCAGACACAGGUACAAGUAAUGUGGGUCUCUCGGGUAAAGUGGGCAUGGUGUUAGACAAAGAUGCAGGUCAUGUCAGCAUUAGUGAUCAGCACUUGAAAGAAAGUGGGAAAGGAUUCAGCAUCAGUGUGAACAAAGGAGAGAUCAUUACUCCACAUUUAACAGAACAUACAAUUGUUGUUUCCAAACCAGAUACUGAAUUUGAGGUGAAAGGUUCAAAUGUGAAAGGAGGAACAGAGUUUGUUUCAGGUUUUUCCAUGAGAGUGGGAUCACAAGACAGCAAAAUGUCAUGGGAAGGCACAGACACUUCACCUUCUGGUGAAAUAAAGCUGCCAAAGCCUAGCAUAGAUGUAAAAGGGUUCAAAGUAGAAGGUAGUGUAAAGCCACCAAAGAAAGAGACUGGGGAUAUGGAUGUGUCAGUUCCACAAAUUAAGGGGGAUAUCAAGGUGACAGAACUUGAUAUUGGGGGUAAUAAGAUGCCAUCCAUCACUGGACCAAAAAUUUCUACGCAAGAGGUGAAUUUGAACAUCAAGGGUCAAAAACAGACUGUUUCUAAGACUGAUGUGGACAUAAAGGGCCUAAAAAUGAAAGGAGAUGUAGAUGUUUGUGCUGCAAAAGUAGAUAUUAAAGACCCAAAGGUGAAUACUGAUGGGACAGAAUCAAAAAUCAAAUUGCCAUCAUUUGGAUUUAAAGGUCCAAAGGUUGAAGGUUCUCAUGUAGAAAUAAGCCUUCCCAAAGCCGAAGUCGACAUGAAGGGACCAGCCAUAGAUAUCAAAGCUCCCUAUGCUGACAUUGAUGCCAAGAUGCCCUGUCCUUCUGGUCCUAAGAGUUCCAUGCCUGAUGUGGACAUUAACAUAAAAGGUCCACAAAUUAAAGGUAAUGCAGAUGUUUCACUUCCAAAAGUUGUAGGGGACAUCAAAGCACCCAAAGUGGACAUUAAAAGUCCAAAUGUUGACAUUGAAGGGCAUGAAGAAGGCACUAAGAUGACAAAAAUCAAAAUCCCUUCUUUUGGGCUAAAAGGCCCACAGGUUGAAGGAAGAGAUAUAGAUGUUAAACUAUCUAAACCUGAACUUGACAUUAAAGGACCAACAAUAGAUAUAAAAGCAUUGAAUGCUGAAAUUGAGGGACCUGAAGGAAACAUAAAGGGUCCAAAAUUAAAGAUGCCCUCCAUCUCUGGUCCAGAAAUUUCUAUGCCGAAUUUAGACAUAAAGGGUCCAAAAAUCAAAGGUGAUGCAGAUGUUUCAGUAACAAAGGUCGAGGGGGAUAUCAAAGCACCUAAAAUGGAUAUUAAAGGUCCAGAAGUUGAUAUUGAGGGACCUGAAGGAGGAUACAAAAUGCCAAAAAUCAAAAUGCCGUCUUUCGGUUUUAAAGGACCCAAAAUGGAGGGCCCAGAAUUUGAUGUAAGUCUUCCCAAAGGAGAUGCCAAAAUGAAAGGACCAGCUAUAGAUGUAAAGGCACCUGAUGUUGAAAUAGAGGGACCGGAAGGAAAGAUUAAAGGUCCAAAAUUUAAGAUGCCGACCAUUUCUGGUCCAAAGGUCUCUAUGCCAGAUAUGGAUUUCAACCUGAAAGGUGCUAAAGUAAAAGGAGAUAUUGAUGUUUCAGUUCCUAAGAUCGAAGCAGAUGUGAAGGCACAAAAAGUAGAUAUCAAAGGACCAAAUGUUGACAUUGAAGGCCCUGAAGGUGGAUUCAAGAUGCCAAAAAUCAAAAUGCCAUCAUUUGGGCUUAAAGGUCCAAAGGUUGAGGGCCCUGAUGUCGAUGUAAGCCUUCCCAAAGCUGAAGUUGACAUAAAGGGACCAGCCGUAGACAUCAGUGUCCCAGAUGUUGAUAUUGAGGGACCUGAUGGAAAAGUGAAAAGUCCUAAAUUUAAGAUGCCAACCAUCUCUGGUCCAAAGAUCUCUAUGCCAGAUGUGGAUUUCAACCUGAAAGGCCCCAAAGUAAAAGGGGAUGUUGAUGUUUCAGUUCCUAAGAUGGAAGCAGGUGUGAAGGCACCAAAGGUAGAUAUCAAAGGACCAGAUGUUGACAUUGAAGGCCCUGAAGGUGGAUUCAAGAUGCCAAAAAUCAAAAUGCCAUCAUUUGGGCUUAAAGGUCCAAAGGUUGAGGGCCCUGAUGUCGAUGUAAGCCUUCCCAAAGCUGAAGUUGAUAUAAAGGGACCAGCCGUAGACAUCAAUGUCCCAGAUGUUGACAUUGAGGGACCUGAUGGAAAAGUGAAAGGUCCUAAAUUUAAGAUGCCAACCAUCUCUGGUCCAAAGAUCUCUAUGCCAGACAUGGAUUUCAACCUGAAAGGCCCUAAAGUAAAAGGGGAUUUUGAUGUUUCAGUUCCUAAGAUGGAAGCUGGUGUAAAGGCACCAAAAGUAGAUAUCAAAGGACCAGAUGUUGACAUUGAAGGCCCUGAAGGUGGAUUCAAGAUGCCAAAAAUCAAAGUGCCAUCGUUUGGGCUUAAAGGUCCAAAGGUUGAGGGCCCUGAUGUCGAUGUAAGCCUUCCCAAAGCUGAAGUUGACAUAAAGGGACCAGCCGUAGACAUAAAUGUCCCAGAUGUUGACAUUGAGGGACCUGAUGGAAAAGUGAAAGGUCCUAAAUUUAAGAUGCCAACCAUCUCUGGUCCAAAGAUCUCUAUGCCAGACGUGGAUUUCAACCUGAAAGGCCCUAAAGUAAAAGGGGAUGUUGAUAUUUCAGUUCCUAAGAUGGAAGUAGAUGUGAAGGCACCAAAAGUAGAUAUCAAAGGUCCAGAUGUUGACAUUGAAGGCCCUGAAGGUGGAUUCAAGAUGCCAAAAAUCAAAAUGCCAUCGUUUGGGCUUAAAGGUCCAAAGGUUGAGGGCCCUGAUGUCGAUGUAAGCCUUCCCAAAGCUGAAGUUGACAUAAAGGGACCAGCCGUAGACAUAAAUGUCCCCGAUGUUGACAUUGAGGGACCUGAUGGAAAAGUGAAAGGUCCUAAAUUUAAGAUGCCAACCAUCUCUGGUCCAAAGAUCUCUAUGCCAGACGUGGAUUUCAACGUGAAAGGCCCUAAAGUAAAAGGGGAUGUUGAUAUUUCAGUUCCUAAGAUGGAAGCAGAUGUGAAGGCACCAAAAGUAGAUAUCAAAGGACCAGAUGUUGACAUUGAAGGCCCUGAAGGUGGAUUCAAGAUGCCAAAAAUCAAAAUACCAUCAUUUGGGCUUAAAGGUCCAAAGAUUGAGGGCCCUGAUGUUGAUGUAAGCCUUCCCAAAGCUGAAGUUGACAUAAAGGGACCAGCCGUAGACAUCAAUGUCCCAGAUGUCAACAUUGAGGGACCUGAUGGAAAAGUGAAAAGUCCCAAAUUCAAGAUGCCAUCUCUGUCAGGUCCAAAGAUCUCUAUGCCAGAUGUGGACUUCAAUCUGAAAGGCCCAAAAGUAAAAGGGGAUGUCGAUGUUUCAGUUCCUAAGAUGGAAGCAGAUGUGAAGUCCCCAAAAGUAGAUAUCAAAGGACCAGAAGUUGACAUUGAAGGCCCUGAAGGUGGAUUCAAGAUGCCCAAAAUCAAAAUGCCAUCGUUUGGGCUUAAAGGUCCAAAAGUUGAGGGCCCUGCUGUUGAUGUAAACCUUCCCAAAGCUGAAGUUGACAUAAAGGGACCAGCCGUAGACAUCAAUGUCCCAGAUGUUGACAUUGAGGGACCUGAUGGAAAAUUGAAAGGUUCUAAAUUUAAGAUGCCAACCAUUUCUGGUCCAAAGAUCUCUAUGCCAGAUGUGGACUUCAAUCUGAAAGGCCCAAAAGUAAAAGGGGAUGUCGAUGUUUCAGUUCCUAAGAUGGAAGCAGAUGUAAAGGCCCCAAAAGUAGAUAUCAAAGGACCAGAUAUUGACAUUGAAGGCCCUGAAGGUGGAUUCAAGAUGCCAAAAAUCAAAAUGCCAUCAUUUGGGCUUAAAGGUCCAAAGGUUGAGGGCCCUGAUGUUGAUGUAAGCCUUCCCAAAGCUGAAGUUGACAUAAAGGGACCAGCCGUAGACAUCAGUGUCCCAGAUGUUGAUAUUGAGGGACCUGAUGGAAAAGUGAAAGGUCCCAAAUUUAAGAUGCCAACCAUCUCUGGUCCAAAGAUCUCUAUGCCAGAUGUGGAUUUCAACCUGAAAGGCCCUAAAGUAAAAGGGGAUGUCGAUGUUUCAGUUCCUAAGAUCGAAGCGGAUGUGAAGGCCCCGAAAGUAGAUAUCAAAGGACCAGAUUUUGACAUUGAAGGCCCUGAAGGUGGAUUCAAGAUGCCAAAAAUCAAAAUGCCAUCAUUUGGGCUUAAAGGUCCAAAGGUUGAGGGCCCUGAUGUCGAUGUAAGCCUUCCCAAAGCUGAAGUUGACAUAAAGGGACCAGCCGUAGACAUCAAUGUCCCAGAUGUUGACAUUGAGGGACCUGAUGGAAAAGUAAAAGGUCCUAAAUUUAAGAUGCCAACCAUCUCUGGUCCAAAGAUCUCUAUGCCAGAUGUGGAUUUCAACCUGAAAGGCCCUAAAGUAAAAGGGGAUGUUGAUAUUUCACUUCCUAAGAUGGAAGCUGGUGUGAAGGCCCCAAAAGUAGACAUCAAAGGACCAGAUGUUGAUAUUGAAGGCCCUGAAGGUGGAUUCAAGAUGCCAAAAAUCAAAAUGCCAUCAUUUGGGCUUAAAGGUCCAAAAGUCGAGGGACCUGAUGUUGAUGUAAGCCUUCCCAAAGCUGAUGUUGACAUAAAGGUACCAGCCGUAGACAUCAAUGUCCCAGAUGUUGACAUUGAGGGACCUGAUGGAAAAGUGAAAGGUCCUAAAUUUAAGAUGCCAACCAUCUCUGGUCCAAAGAUCUCUAUGCCAGACAUGGAUUUCAACCUGAAAGGCCCUAAAGUAAAAGGAGAUGUCGAUGUUUCCGUUCCUAAGAUGGAAGCUGGAGUGAAGGCCCCGAAAGUAGACAUCAAAGGACCAGAUGUUGAUAUUGAAGGCCCUGAAGGUGGAUUCAAGAUGCCAAAAAUCAAAAUGCCAUCAUUUGGGCUUAAAGGUCCAAAGGUUGAGGGCCCUGAUGUUGAUGUAAGCCUUCCCAAAGCUGAAGUUGACAUAAAGGGACCAGCCGUAGACAUCAAUGUCCCAGAUGUUGACAUUGAGGGACCUGAUGGAAAAGUGAAAGGUCCUAAAUUUAAGAUGCCAACCAUCUCUGGUCCAAAGAUCUCUAUGCCAGACGUGGAUUUCAAUCUGAAAGGCCCUAAAGUAAAAGGCGAUGUUGAUAUUUCAGUUCCUAAGAUGGAAGCUGGUGUGAAGGCCCCAAAAGUAGACAUCAAAGGACCAGAUGUUGAUAUUGAAGGCCCUGAAGGUGGUUUCAAGAUGCCAAAAAUCAAAAUGCCAUCAUUUGGGCUUAAAGGUCCAAAGGUUGAGGGCCCUGAUGUUGAUGUAAGCCUUCCCAAAGCUGAUGUUGACAUAAAGGGACCAACCGUAGACAUCAAUGUCCCAGAUGUUGACAUUGAGGGACCUGAUGGAAAAGUGAAAGGUCCUAAAUUUAAGAUGCCAACCAUCUCUGGUCCAAAGAUCUCUAUGCCAGACAUGGAUUUCAACCUGAAAGGCCCUAAAGUAAAAGGGGAUGUCGAUGUUUCCGUUCCUAAGAUGGAAGCUGGAGUGAAGGCCCCAAAAGUAGACAUCAAAGGACCAGAUGUUGAUAUUGAAGGCCCUGAAGGUGGAUUCAAGAUGCCAAAAAUCAAAAUGCCAUCAUUUGGGCUUAAAGGUCCAAAGGUUGAGGGCCCUGAUGUUGAUGUAAGCCUUCCCAAAGCUGAAGUUGACAUAAAGGGACCAGCCGUAGACAUCAAUGUCCCAGAUGUUGACAUUGAGGGACCUGAUGGAAAAGUGAAAGGUCCUAAAUUUAAGAUGCCAACCAUCUCUGGUCCAAAGAUCUCUAUGCCAGACGUGGAUUUCAACCUGAAAGGCCCUAAAGUAAAAGGCGAUGUUGAUAUUUCAGUUCCUAAGAUGGAAGCUGGUGUGAAGGCCCCAAAAGUAGACAUCAAAGGACCAGAUGUUGAUAUUGAAGGCCCUGAAGGUGGUUUCAAGAUGCCAAAAAUCAAAAUGCCAUCAUUUGGGCUUAAAGGUCCAAAGGUUGAGGGCCCUGAUGUUGAUGUAAGCCUUCCCAAAGCUGAUGUUGACAUAAAGGGACCAGCCGUAGACAUCAAUGUCCCAGAUGUCAACAUUGAGGGACCUGAUGGAAAAGUGAAAGGUCCUAAAUUUAAGAUGCCAACCAUCUCUGGUCCAAAGAUCUCUAUGCCAGACGUGGAUUUCAACCUGAAAGGCCCUAAGGUAAAAGGGGAUGUCGAUGUUUCCGUUCCAAAGAUAGAGGCAGAUGUGAAGGCCCCAAAAGUUGAUAUCAAGGGACCAGAUGUUGACAUUGAAGGACCUGAAGGUGGAUUCAAGAUGCCAAAAAUCAAAAUGCCAUCAUUUGGGCUUAAAGGUCCAAAGGUUGAGGGCCCUGAUGUUGAUGUAAGCCUUCCCAAAGCUGAAGUUGACAUAAAGGGACCAGCCAUAGACAUCAAUGUCCCAGAUGUUGACAUUGAGGGACCUGAUGGAAAAGUGAAGGGUCCUAAAUUCAAGAUGCCAAGCAUCUCUGGUCCAAAGAUCUCUAUGCCAGAUGUGGAUUUCAACUUGAAAGGCCCUAAACUAAAAGGUGAUGUUGAUGUUUCAGUUCCUAAGAUGGAAGCAGAUGUGAAGUCCCCAAAAGUAGAUAUCAAAGGACCAGAAGUUGACAUUGAAAGCCCUGAAGGUGGAUUCAAGAUGCCCAAAUUCAAAAUGCCAUCAUUUGGACUUAAAGGUCCAAAGGUUGAGGGCCCCGAUGUUGAUGUAAGCCUUCCCAAAGCUGAAGUUGACAUAAAGGGACCAGCCGUAGACAUCAAUGUCCCAGAUGUUGACAUUGAGGGACCUGAUGGAAAAUUGAAAGGUCCUAAAUUUAAGAUGCCAACCAUUUCUGGUCCAAAGAUCUCUAUGCCAGAUGUGGAUUUCAACCUGAAAGGCCCUAAAGUAAAAGGGGAUGUUGAUGUUUCAGUUCCUAAGAUGGAAGCAGGUGUGAAGGCACCAAAGGUAGAUAUCAAAGGACCAGAUGUUGACAUUGAAGGCCCAGAAGGUGGAUUCAAGAUGCCCAAAAUCAAAAUGCCAUCGUUUGGGCUUAAAGGUCCAAAGGUUGAGGGCCCUGAUGUCGAUGUAAGCCUUCCCAAAGCUGAUGUUGACAUAAAGGGACCAGCCGUAGACAUCAAUGUCCCCGAUGUUGACAUUGAGGGACCUGAUGGAAAAGUGAAGGGUCCUAAAUUCAAGAUGCCAAGCAUCUCUGGUCCAAAGAUCUCUAUGCCAGAUGUGGAUUUCAACCUGAAAGGCCCUAAAGUAAAAGGAGAUUUUGAUGUUUCAGUUCCUAAGAUGGAAGCAGAUGUGAAGUCCCCAAAAGUAGAUAUCAAAGGACCAGAUGUUGAUAUUGAAGGUCCUGAAGGUGGUUUCAAGAUGCCAAAAAUCAAAAUGCCAUCAUUUGGGCUUAAAGGUCCAAAGGUUGAGGGCCCUGAUGUUGAUGUAAGCCUUCCCAAAGCUGAUGUUGACAUAAAAGGACCAGCCGUAGACAUAAAUGUCCCAGAUGUUGAUAUUGAGGGACCUGACGGAAGAGUGAAAGGUCCUAAAUUUAAGAUGCCAACCAUCUCUGGUCCAAAGAUCUCUAUGCCAGACAUGGAUUUCAACCUGAAAGGCCCUAAAGUAAAAGGGGAUGUUGAUGUUUCAGUUCCUAAGAUGGAAGCGGAUUUGAAGGCCCCGAAAGUAGAUAUCAAAGGACCAGAUGUUGACAUUGAAGGCCCAGAAGGUGGAUUCAAGAUGCCCAAAAUCAAAAUGCCAUCGUUUGGGCUUAAAGGUCCAAAGGUUGAGGGCCCUGAUGUCGAUGUAAGCCUUCCCAAAGCUGAAGUUGACAUAAAGGGACCAGCCGUAGACAUCAAUGUCCCCGAUGUUGACAUUGAGGGACCUGAUGGAAAAGUGAAGGGUCCUAAAUUCAAGAUGCCAAGCAUCUCUGGUCCAAAGAUCUCUAUGCCAGAUGUGGAUUUCAACCUGAAAGGCCCUAAAGUAAAAGGUGAUGUUGAUGUUUCACUUCCUAAGAUGGAAGCAGAUGUGAAGUCCCCAAAAGUAGAUAUCAAAGGACCAGAUGUUGACAUUGAAGGCCCUGAAGGUGGAUUCAAGAUGCCAAAAAUCAAAAUGCCAUCAUUUGGACUUAAAGGUCCAAAGGUUGAGGGCCCCGAUGUUGAUGUAAGCCUUCCCAAAGCUGAACUUGACAUAAAGGGACCAGCCGUAGACAUUAAUGUCCCAGAUCUUGACAUUGAGGGACCUGAUGGAAAAUUGAAAGGUCCUAAAUUUAAGAUGCCAACCAUUUCUGGUCCAAAGAUCUCUAUGCCAGAUGUGGAUUUCAACCUGAAAGGCCCUAAAGUAAAAGGGGAUGUCGAUGUUUCAGUUCCUAAGAUCGAAGCGGAUGUGAAGGCCCCGAAAGUAGACAUCAAAGGACCAGAUGUUGAUAUCGAAGGCCCUGAAGGUGGAUUCAAGAUGCCAAAAAUCAAAAUGCCAUCAUUUGGGCUUAAAGGUCCAAAGGUUGAGGGCCCUGAUGUCGAUGUAAGCCUUCCCAAAGCUGAACUUGACAUAAAGGGACCAGCCGUAGACAUUAAUGUCCCAGAUCUUGACAUUGAGGGACCUGAUGGAAAAUUGAAAGGUCCUAAAUUUAAGAUGCCAACCAUCUCUGGUCCAAAGAUCUCUAUGCCAGAUGUGGAUUUCAACCUGAAAGGCCCUAAAGUAAAAGGGGAUGUCGAUGUUUCAGUUCCUAAGAUCGAAGCGGAUGUGAAGGCCCCGAAAGUAGACAUCAAAGGACCAGAUGUUGAUAUCGAAGGCCCUGAAGGUGGAUUCAAGAUGCCAAAAAUCAAAAUGCCAUCAUUUGGGCUUAAAGGUCCAAAGGUUGAGGGCCCUGAUGUCGAUGUAAGCCUUCCCAAAGCUGAAGUUGACAUAAAGGGACCAGCCAUAGACAUCAAUGUCCCAGAUGUUGACAUUGAGGGACCUGAUGGAAAAGUGAAGGGUCCUAAAUUCAAGAUGCCAAGCAUCUCUGGUCCAAAGAUCUCUAUGCCAGAUGUGGAUUUCAACCUGAAAGGCCCCAAAGUAAAAGGGGAUUUUGAUGUUUCAGCUCCUAAAAUGGAAGCGGAUCUGAAGGCCCCGAAAGUAGAUAUCAAAGGACCAGAUGUUGAUAUUGAAGGUCCUGAAGGUGGUUUCAAGAUGCCAAAAAUCAAAAUGCCAUCAUUUGGGCUUAAAGGUCCAAAGGUUGAGGGCCCUGAUGUUGAUGUAAGCCUUCCCAAAGCUGAUGUUGACAUAAAGGGACCAGCCGUAGACAUAAAUGUCCCAGAUGUUGAUAUUGAGGGACCUGACGGAAGAGUGAAAGGUCCUAAAUUUAAGAUGCCAACCAUCUCUGGUCCAAAGAUCUCUAUGCCAGACAUGGAUUUCAACCUGAAAGGCCCUAAAGUAAAAGGAGAUGUUGAUGUUUCAGUUCCUAAGAUGGAAGCGGAUGUGAAGGCCCCUAAAGUAGAUAUCAAAGGACCAGAUGUUGACAUUGAAGGCCCUGAAGGUGGGUUCAAGAUGCCAAAAAUCAAAAUGCCAUCAUUUGGACUUAAAGGUCCAAAGGUUGAGGGCCCUGAUGUUGAUGUAAGCCUUCCCAAAGCUGAAGUUGACAUAAAGGGACCAGCUGUAGACAUCAAUGUCCCAGAUCUUGACAUUGAGGGACCUGAUGGAAAAGUGAAAGGUCCUAAAUUUAAGAUGCCAACCAUCUCUGGUCCAAAGAUCUCUAUGCCAGAUGUGGAUUUCAACCUGAAAGGCCCUAAAGUAAAAGGAGACGUUGAUGUUUCACUUCCUAAGAUGGAAGCAGAUGUGAAGGCACCAAAAGUAGAUAUCAAAGCACCAGAUGUUGACAUUGAAGGACCUGACGGUGGAUUCAAGAUGCCAAAAAUCAAAAUGCCAUCAUUUGGGCUUAAAGGUCCAAAGGUUGAGGGCCCUGAUGUCGAUUUAAGCCUUCCCAAAGCUGAAGUUGACAUAAAGGGACCAGCCGUAGACAUCAAUGUCCCAGAUGUUGACAUUGAGGGACCUGAUGGAAAAGUGAAAGGUCCAAAAUUCAAGAUACCAUCUAUAUCAGGCCCAAAGAUUUCUAUGCCUGAUGUGGACUUCAAGCUUAAAGGACACAAAAUGAAAAGUGACAUGGAAGUUUCUGUUCCAACAGUUGAGGGAGAUAUUGCUGUCCCCAAAGUAGAAAUUGAAGGUCCCAAAGUUGACCUGGAUGUGCCUGAAGGCAGUUUGAAGAAAUCCAAGUUCAAAAUGCCAAAAUUUGGAUUGAGAGGACCUAAAAUUGACGGACCAGAUGUUGAGGUUAAACCUGCAAAAGGUGAUAUUAAUGUGGAUGUUAAAAGUCCAGAAGGUGGAUUCAAGUUGCCAAAAUUCAAAAUGCCAAAGUUUGGAUUUAAAUCGCCUAAGGCAGAUAUGCCUACUGUUGAAAUAAAUAUGCCUGAAGCAGAUAUUGACAUUAAAGCACCUGAUGUUAACAUCAAGAGUCCAUCUGUAGACCUAGAGGUACCAGAAGGAAAGAUUAAAGGUCCCAAAAUUAAAAUGCCAUCAAUCUCUGGUCCUAAAAUCUCUUUGCCUGAUGUAGACGUCAAUCUUAAAGGACCUAAAAUAAAGGGAGAUGUUGAUGUCUCAGUACCAAAGAUUGAAGGUGACAUUAAAGCACCCAAAGUAGACAUUGAAGGUCCAGACUUUGACGUGGAAGGACCAGAGGGUGGUUUCAAGAUGCCCAAAAUCAAAAUGCCAUCAUUUGGAUUGAAAGGACCAAAAGUGGAAGGCCCUGAUGUUGAUGUAAAUUUGCCAAAGGGUGAUAUUGACAUUAAAGGUCCCAAGAUUGACGUUAAAAGCCCAGUGAUUGACAUUGAAGGACCAGAAGGGAAAAUCAAGGGUCCCAAAUUCAAAAUGCCCACCAUAUCUGGUCCAAAGAUUUCCAUGCCUGAUGUUGACUUCAAUGUUAAAGGACCUAAAAUAAAAGGAGAUGUUGAUGUCUCAGUACCAAAGAUUGAAGGUGACAUUAAAGCACCCAAAGUAGACAUUGAAGGUCCAGACUUUGAUGUGGAAGGACCAGAGGGUGGUUUCAAGAUGCCCAAAAUGAAAAUGCCAUCAUUUGGAUUGAAAGGACCAAAAGUGGAAGGCCCUGAUGUUGAUGUAAAAUUGCCAAAGGGUGAUAUCGAUAUUAAAGGUCCCAAGAUUGACAUUAAAAGCCCAGAUGUUGACAUUGAAGGACCAGAAGGGAAAAUCAAGGGUCCCAAAUUCAAAAUGCCCACCAUAUCUGGUCCAAAGAUUUCCAUGCCUGAUAUUGACUUCAAUGUUAAAGGCCCUAAACUUAAGGGAGAUGUUGAUGUCUCAGUACCCAAGAUGGAAGGUGACAUUAAAGCACCCAAAGUAGACAUUGAAGGUCCAGACUUUGAUGUGGAAGGACCAGAGGGUGGUUUCAAGAUGCCCAAAAUCAAAAUGCCAUCCUUUGGAUUGAAAGGACCAAAAGUGGAAGGCCCUGAUGUUGAUGUAAAAUUGCCAAAGGGUGAUAUCGAUAUUAAGGGUCCCAAGAUUGACGUUAAAAGCCCAGAGAUUGACAUUGAAGGACCAGAAGGGAAAAUCAAGGGUCCCAAAUUCAAAAUGCCCACCAUAUCUGGUCCAAAGAUUUCCAUGCCCGAUGUUGACUUCAAUGUUAAAGGACCUAAAAUAAAAGGAGAUGUUGAUGUCUCAGUACCAAAGAUUGAAGGUGACAUUAAAGCACCCAAAGUAGACAUUGAAGGUCCAGACUUUGAUGUGGAAGGACCAGAGGGUGGUUUCAAGAUGCCCAAAAUGAAAAUGCCAUCAUUUGGAUUGAAAGGACCAAAAGUGGAAGGCCCUGAUGUUGAUGUAAAAUUACCAAAGGGUGAUAUUGAUAUUAAAGGUCCCAAGAUUGACGUUAAAAGCCCAGAUGUUGACAUUGAAGGACCAGAAGGGAAAAUCAAGGGUCCCAAAUUCAAAAUGCCCACCAUAUCUGGUCCAAAGAUUUCCAUGCCUGAUAUUGACUUCAAUGUUAAAGGACCUAAAAUAAAGGGAGAUGUUGAUGUCUCAGUACCAAAAAUUGAAGGUGACAUUAAAGCACCCAAAGUAGACAUUGAAGGUCCAGACUUUGAUGUGGAAGGACCAGAGGGUGGUUUCAAGAUGCCCAAAAUGAAAAUGCCAUCAUUUGGAUUGAAAGGACCAAAAGUGGAAGGCCCUGAUGUUGAUGUAAAAUUGCCAAAGGGUGAUAUCGAUAUUAAGGGUCCCAAGAUUGACGUUAAAAGCCCAGAGAUUGACAUUGAAGGACCAGAAGGGAAAAUCAAGGGUCCCAAAUUCAAAAUGCCCACCAUAUCUGGUCCAAAGAUUUCCAUGCCUGAUGUUGACUUCAAUGUUAAAGGACCUAAAAUAAAAGGAGAUGUUGAUGUCUCAGUACCAAAGAUUGAAGGUGACAUUAAAGCACCCAAAGUAGACAUUGAAGGUCCGGACUUUGAUGUGGAAGGACCAGAGGGUGGUUUCAAGAUGCCCAAAAUCAAAAUGCCAUCAUUUGGAUUUAAAGGACCAAAAGUGGAAGGCCCUGAUGUUGAUGUAAAAUUACCAAAGGGUGAUAUCGAUAUUAAAGGUCCCAAGAUUGACGUUAAAAGCCCAGAUUUUGACAUUGAAGGACCAGAAGGGAAAAUCAAGGGUCCCAAAUUCAAAAUGCCCACCAUAUCUGGUCCAAAGAUUUCCAUGCCUGAUAUUGACUUCAAUGUUAAAGGACCUAAAAUAAAGGGAGAUGUUGAUGUCUCAGUACCAAAAAUUGAAGGUGACAUUAAAGCACCCAAAGUAGACAUUGAAGGUCCAGACUUUGAUGUGGAAGGACCAGAAGGUGGUUUCAAGAUGCCCAAAAUGAAAAUGCCAUCAUUUGGAUUGAAAGGACCAAAAGUGGAAGGCCCUGAUGUUGAUGUAAAAUUGCCAAAGGGUGAUAUCGAUAUUAAAGGUCCCAAGAUUGACAUUAAAAGCCCAGAUGUUGACAUUGAAGGACCAGAAGGGAAAAUCAAGGGUCCCAAAUUCAAAAUGCCCACCAUAUCUGGUCCAAAGAUUUCCAUGCCUGAUAUUGACUUCAAUGUUAAAGGACCUAAAAUAAAGGGAGAUGUUGAUGUCUCAGUUCCAAAGAUUGAAGGUGACAUUAAAGCACCCAAAGUAGACAUUGAAGGUCCAGACGUUGAUGUGGAAGGACCAGAAGGUGGUUUCAAGAUGCCCAAAAUCAAAAUGCCAUCAUUUGGAUUGAAAGGACCAAAAGUGGAAGGCCCUGAUUUUGAUGUAAAGUUGCCAAAGGGUGAUAUCGAUAUUAAAGGUCCCAAGAUUGACGUUAAAAGCCCAGAUGUUGACAUUGAAGGACCAGAAGGGAAAAUCAAGGGUCCCAAAUUCAAAAUGCCCACCAUAUCUGGUCCAAAGAUUUCCAUGCCUGAUAUUGACUUCAAUGUUAAAGGACCUAAAAUAAAGGGAGAUGUUGAUGUCUCAGUACCCAAGAUGGAAGGUGACAUUAAAGCACCCAAAGUAGACAUUGAAGGUCCAGACUUUGAUGUGGAAGGACCAGAGGGUGGUUUCAAGAUGCCCAAAAUCAAAAUGCCAUCAUUUGGAUUGAAAGGACCAAAAGUGGAAGGCCCUGAUGUUGAUGUAAAAUUGCCAAAGGGUGAUAUCGAUAUUAAAGGUCCCAAGAUUGACAUUAAAAGCCCAGAUGUUGACAUUGAAGGACCAGAAGGAAAAAUCAAGGGUCCCAAAUUCAAAAUGCCCACCAUAUCUGGUCCCAAAAUUUCCAUGCCUGAUGUAGACUUCAAUGUUAAAGGCCCAAAACUAAAGGGAGAUGUAGAUAUCUCAGUUCCAAAGAUCGAAGGCGACAUUAAAGCACCCAAAGUAGACAUUGAAGGUCCAGAGAUUGAUGUAGAGGGACCGGAAGGUGGUUUCAAGAUGCCCAAAUUCAAAAUGCCGUCAUUUGGAUUGAAAGGACCAAAAGUGGAGGGCCCUGAUGUUGAUGUAAAAUUACCAAAGGGUGAUAUCGACAUUAAAGGUCCCAAGAUUGACGUUAAAAGCCCAGAUGUUGACAUUGAAGGACCAGAAGGGAAAAUCAAGGGUCCUAAAUUUAAAAUGCCCACCAUGUCUGGUCCAAAGAUUUCCAUGCCUGAUGUCGACUUCAAUGUUAAAGGCCCUAAACUUAAGGGAGAUAUGGAUAUAUCAGUUCCAAAGAUCGAAGGCGACAUUAAAGCACCCAAAGUAGACAUUGAAGGUCCAGAGAUUGAUGUAGAGGGACCAGAAGGUGGUUUCAAGAUGCCCAAAUUCAAAAUGCCAUCAUUUGGAUUGAAAGGGCCAAAACUGGAGGGCCCUGAUGUUGAUGUAAAUUUACCCAAGGGUGAUAUCAACAUGAAAGGUCCCAAGAUUGACGUUACAGGCCCAGAUGUUGACAUUGAAGGACCAGAAGGGAAAAUCAAGGGUCCCAAAUUCAAAAUGCCCACCAUAUCUGGUCCAAAGAUUUCCAUGCCUGAUGUCGACUUUAAUGUUAAAGGCCCCAAACUAAAGGGAGAUGUAGAUAUCUCAGUUCCAAAGAUCGAAGGCGACAUUAAAGCACCCAAAGUAGACAUUGAAGGUCCAGAGAUUGAUGUAGAGGGACCAGAAGGUGGUUUCAAGAUGCCCAAAUUUAAAAUGCCAUCAUUUGGAUUGAAAGGGCCAAAAGUGGAGGGCCCUGAUGUUGAUGUAAAAUUGCCAAAGGGUGAUAUUGAUAUUAAGGGUCCCAAGAUUGAUGUUAAAAGCCCAGAUGUUGACAUUGAAGGACCAGAAGGGAAAAUCAAGGGUCCUAAAUUCAAAAUGCCCACCAUGUCUGGUCCAAAGAUUUCCAUGCCUGAUGUUGACUUCAAUGUUAAAGGCCCUAAACUUAAGGGAGAUAUGGAUAUCUCAGUUCCAAAGAUUGAAGGCGACAUUAAAGCACCCAAAGUAGACAUUGAAGGUCCAGAGAUUGAUGUAGAGGGACCAGAAGGUGGUUUCAAGAUGCCCAAAAUCAAAAUGCCAUCAUUUGGAUUUAAAGGGCCAAAAGUGGAGGGCCCUGAUGUUGAUGUAAAUUUGCCCAAGGGCGAUAUCAAUAUUAAAGGUCCCAAGAUCGACGUUACAAGCCCAGAUGUUGAUAUUGAAGGACCAGAAGGGAAAAUCAAGGGUCCCAAAUUUAAAAUGCCCACCAUAUCUGGUCCAAAGAUUUCCAUGCCUGAUGUUGACUUCAAUGUUAAAGGCCCCAAACUAAAGGGAGAUGUAGAUAUCUCAGUUCCAAAGAUCGAAGGCGACAUUAAAGCACCCAAAGUAGACAUUGAAGGUCCAGAGAUUGAUGUAGAGGGACCAGAAGGUGGUUUUAAGAUGCCCAAAUUCAAAAUGCCAUCAUUUGGAUUGAAAGGGCCAAAAGUGGAAGGCCCUGAUGUUGAUGUAAAAUUGCCAAAGGGUGAUAUUGACAUUAAGGGUCCCAAGAUUGAUGUUAAAAGCCCAGAGGUUGAUAUUGAAGGACCAGAAGGAAAUAUCAAAGGUCCCAAGUUCAAAAUGCCUACAUUAUCUGGUCCAAAGAUUUCCAUGCCUGAUGUUGACUUCAAUGUUAAAGGCCCCAAACUUAAGGGAGAUAUGGAUAUCUCAGUUCCAAAGAUUGAAGGCGACAUUAAAGCACCCAAACUAGACAUUGAAGGUCCAGAGAUUGAUGUAGAGGGACCAGAAGGCGGUUUCAAGAUGCCCAAAAUCAAAAUGCCAUCAUUUGGAUUUAAAGGGCCAAAAGUGGAGGGCCCUGAUGUUGAUGUAAAUUUACCCAAGGGUGAUAUCAACAUUAAAGGUCCCAAGGUCGACAUUACAAGCCCAGAUGUUGACAUUGAAGGACCAGAAGGGAAAAUCAAGGGUCCUAAAUUCAAAAUGCCCACCAUAUCUGGUCCGAAGAUUUCCAUGCCUGAUGUCGACUUCAAUGUUAAAGGCCCCAAACUUAAGGGAGAUAUGGAUAUCUCAGUUCCAAAGAUCGAAGGUGACAUUAAAGCACCCAAAGUAGACAUUGAAGGUCCAGACAUUGAUGUAGAGGGACCAGAAGGCGGUUUCAAGAUGCCCAAAAUCAAAAUGCCAUCAUUUGGAUUUAAAGGGCCAAAACUGGAGGGCCCUGAUGUUGAUGUAAAUUUACCCAAGGGUGAUAUCAACAUUAAGGGUCCCAAGAUUGAUGUUACAAGCCCAGAGGUUGACAUUGAAGGACCAGAAGGAAAAAUCAAGGGUCCCAAAUUCAAAAUGCCCAACAUAUCUGGACCAAAGAUUUCCAUGCCUGAUGUCGACUUCAAUGUUAAAGGACCUAAAAUAAAGGGAGAUGUUGAUGUCUCAGUACCCAAGAUGGAAGGCGACAUAAAAGCACCCAAAGUAAAUAUUGAAGGUCCAGAGCUUGAUGUGGAGGGACCAGAAGGGGGUUUCAAGAUGCCCAAAAUCAAAAUGCCAUCAUUUGGAUUGAAAGGACCAAAAGUGGAGGGCCCUGAUGUUGAUAUAAAAUUGCCAAAGGGUGAUAUCGACAUUAAGGGUCCCAAGAUUGACGUUAAAAGCCCAGAGAUUGACAUUGAAGGACCAGAAGGGAAAAUCAAGGGUCCUAAAUUUAAAAUGCCCACCAUGUCUGGUCCAAAGAUUUCCAUGCCUGAUGUCGACUUCAAUGUUAAAGGCCCUAAACUUAAGGGAGAUAUGGAUAUCUCAGUUCCAAAGAUCGAAGGCGACAUUAAAGCACCCAAAGUAGACAUUGAAGGUCCAGAGAUUGAUGUAGAGGGACCAGAAGGUGGUUUCAAGAUGCCCAAAAUCAAAAUGCCAUCAUUUGGAUUUAAAGGGCCAAAACUGGAGGGCCCUGAUGUUGAUGUAAAUUUACCCAAGGGUGAUAUCAACAUUAAAGGUCCCAAGGUCGACGUUACAAGCCCAGAUGUUGACAUUGAAGGACCAGAAGGGAAAAUCAAGGGUCCCAAAUUCAAAAUGCCCACCAUAUCUGGUCCAAAGAUUUCCAUGCCUGAUGUCGACUUUAAUGUUAAAGGCCCCAAACUAAAGGGAGAUGUAGAUAUCUCAGUUCCAAAGAUCGAAGGUGACAUUAAAGCACCCAAAGUAGACAUUGAAGGUCCAGAGAUUGAUGUAGAGGGACCAGAAGGUGGCUUCAAGAUGCCCAAAUUCAAAAUGCCAUCAUUUGGAUUGAAAGGGCCAAAAGUGGAGGGCCCUGAUGUUGAUGUAAAAUUGCCAAAGGGUGAUAUCGACAUUAAGGGUCCCAAGAUUGAUGUUAAAAGCCCAGAUUUUGACAUUGAAGGACCAGAAGGGAAAAUCAAGGGUCCUAAAUUCAAAAUGCCCACCAUGUCUGGUCCAAAGAUUUCCAUGCCUGAUGUCGACUUCAAUGUUAAAGGCCCUAAACUAAAGGGAGAUAUGGAUAUCUCAGUUCCAACGAUCGAAGGUGACAUUAAAGCACCCAAAGUAGACAUUGAAGGUCCAGAGAUUGAUGUAGAGGGACCAGAAGGUGGUUUCAAGAUGCCCAAAAUCAAAAUGCCAUCAUUUGGAUUUAAAGGGCCAAAAGUGGAGGGCCCUGAUGUUGAUGUAAAUUUACCCAAGGGCGAUAUCAACAUUAAGGGUCCCAAGAUCGACGUUACAAGCCCAGAUGUUGACAUUGAAGGACCAGAAGGGAAAAUCAAGGGUCCCAAAUUCAAAAUGCCCACCAUAUCUGGUCCAAAGAUUUCCAUGCCUGAUGUUGACUUCAAUGUUAAAGGCCCUAAACUUAAGGGAGAUAUGGAUAUCUCAGUUCCAAAGAUCGAAGGCGACAUUAAAGCACCCAAAGUAGACAUUGAAGGUCCAGAGAUUGAUGUAGAGGGACCAGAAGGUGGCUUCAAGAUGCCCAAAUUCAAAAUGCCAUCAUUUGGAUUGAAAGGGCCAAAAGUGGAGGGCCCUGAUGUUGAUGUAAAAUUGCCAAAGGGUGAUAUUGACAUUAAGGGUCCCAAGAUUGAUGUUAAAAGCCCAGAUGUUGAUAUUGAAGGACCAGAAGGGAAAAUCAAGGGUCCUAAAUUCAAAAUGCCCACCAUGUCUGGUCCAAAGAUUUCCAUGCCCGAUGUCGACUUCAAUGUUAAAGGCCCUAAACUUAAGGGAGAUAUGGAUAUCUCAGUUCCAAAGAUCGAAGGCGACAUUAAAGUACCCAAAGUAGACAUUGAAGGUCCAGAGAUUGAUGUAGAGGGACCAGAAGGUGGUUUCAAGAUGCCCAAAAUCAAAAUGCCAUCAUUUGGAUUUAAAGGGCCAAAAGUGGAGGGCUCUGAUGUUGAUGUAAAUUUACCCAAGGGCGAUAUCAACAUUAAGGGUCCCAAGAUCGACGUUACAAGCCCAGAUGUUGACAUUGAAGGACCAGAAGGGAAAAUCAAGGGUCCAAAAUUGAAAAUGCCCACAUUAUCGGGUCCAAAUAUUUCCAUGCCUGAUGUUGACUUCAAUGUUAAAGGCCCCAAACUAAAGGGAGAUGUAGAUGUCUCAGUUCCAAAGAUCGAAGGCGACAUUAAAGCACCCAAAGUAGACAUUGAAGGUCCAGAAAUUGAUGUAGAGGGACCAGAAGGCGGUUUUAAGAUGCCCAAAUUCAAAAUGCCGUCAUUUGGAUUGAAAGGACCAAAAGUGGAGGGCCCUGAUGUUGAUGCACAUUUACCAAAGGGUAACAUUGACAUUAAAGGUCCCAAGAUUGACGUUAAAAGUCCUGACAUUGAAAUUGAAGGUCCUGAAGGGAAAAUCAAGGGUCCUAAAUUGAAAAUGCCCACCAUAUCUGGUCCAAAGAUUUCCAUGCCUGAUGUAGACUUUAAUGUUAAAGGCCCUAAAAUCAAGGGAGAUAUGGAUGUCUCAGUUCCAAAUAUUAAAGGUGAUUUCAAACCUCCGAAAGUAGGUGUAGAUCUUGAUGCCGAGGGAAGGGUUCCAGAGAUUAAAGGUGACAUCAAAGCUCCAAAACUUGAUAUUGGGGGACCUGAUAUUAACAUUGCAGGAACAGAAGGAGGAUUCAGAAUCCCCAAAAUAAAAAUGCCAUCAUUUGGAAUUAAGGGUACAACAGUGGAGGGUACUGACAUUGAUGUAAAUAUUCCAAAGUCCAAUUUUGAUAUUAAAGGCCCCAAGAUUGACAUAAAAAGUACAGAUACUAAGAUUGGUGGACUUGAAGGCAAAAUCAAAGGUCCUGAAGUAUCUGUUCCUGAUGUGGAUCUCCACCUUAAGGGACCAAAACUGAAGGGAGAUGUGGAUGUGUCUGCUUCAAAGACUGAAGUUGGUAUAAAGACUCCAAAGGUAGACAUUGAGGGACCAGAUGUUAGUAUUGAGGGUCUAGAAGGAGGUUUUAAGAUACCCAAAAUCAAAGUGCCAUCUUUUGGAAUGAAGGGCCCUACAAUGGAGGGUUCUGACAUGGACAUAAAUCUUGCCAAAGCUGAAGCUGAUAUAAAAGGACCAGGCAUUAAUAUCAAAGCCCCUAAAAUCACUGGCAAGGGCCCUGCUAUUGAUAGCAGUUUAGAAGUCCAAGAUGUGGAAAUUAAUCUCAAAGGAAAGAAGGAUAAAUUCAAAAUGCCAAAGAUAAAAGGGAAGAUGAAAACAGACAUUGACAUAAAUACCAAAACUGAUGGUGCUGAGUUAGAUGUAGACUCAUCUGAUGUGCACAUCAAGGGGCCUAAGGUAAAGAAGCCACUCUUUGGAAAACUCCAUUUUCCUGGUGUGGAAUUUGACAUUAAAUCCCCAAAAGGUAAAGGUGGUGGCUCAGUGUCUGGAACUUCAAAAUCAGUGUCUGGUACAUUAAAGGGAAGUGUUGAAGGUGGAGUUAAAGAUCACACAAUUGAUGCUGAAGGUGUUAAAAUAGAAGCAGGAGCUCAGGACGUGGAGUUGAAGAUGCCAGCUGUAAAGGUCAAAUUACCACAUGGAGUUAGUACAGAUCAGAAACAAGGAGAAAUAGGAAUAAGUACAGAUGCAGGCGUGUCUGGUAAAAUGGAAUAUCCUGAGGGUAAUGUAAGCUUUCCUAAGAUCAAAGUGCCAAAGUUUGGAAUUGCUUUGCCUCAGGUAGAGGGAAGGGAGAUAGGUGUUGAUGUAGGUUCAGGAGAAUUAACUGCUAGAACUGAUGUGAGUUCACAAAGCCUGGAGAUGCAUAGUCCAGAUCUGAAAAGCAGCGGUGGAAAAGUCAAAGUAAAAAAGCCACGAUUCUUUGGCAAGUCUAAAACCAAGGGUGGAAGUGCAGCUGAUCUUACUUUUCAGGGACCUGAAAUUGCAUUCACAAGUGAGGGCGGUGCCAAGGUGUCUAAAGAGUUAAGUCUGAGUUCAGGGCAGCUGAUUGGUGGCAAGAUGGUAGAGGGGGGUUCUGGUUUGAAAAUUUCACCGAAGAGUAAAUCUGCAUCACUUGAUCUUUACAAGAAAUCAAGACAUCGCUCUUCUUCUCUGAGUGAUGAAGGAGAACUAGCUUCCCCCACUUCUGUUGAAGGGCAUUUACAGACAGAGGGUGGUAAUAUUUCUGUGGAUGUUGGAGACGCUAAGGUGAAAGGCAAAAAAGGAAAGUUGAAGUUUGGCACAUUUGGCGGUUUUGGCUCAAAAUCCAAAGGUUCCUAUGAAGUAACACUUGGAGAUGAUAGUGAAGCCAAGAUAGAAGGAGCUAGUGGAGGUGAUCUUAUUUCAAAGAAAUCCAGAGUUCCAUCAUCAUCUAGCAGUGAUAGUGGUUCAAAGAGUGGUUUUCGUUUCCCACGAGUUGAAAUAGCUGUUUCACCAAAGAAAUAAUGCGUUGCGAUACUAUUACAAGGCACUAAUGUUCUAGCUGUUAUCUGUACUAUCUGUUGGCAUAUUCUAAGCUAGAAAGCUACUUUUUAAGCCUUACUUAAAUACAGUGCACUGUCGUAAACAGACGCUUUAGGUUUGUUUCAUUUCUUUACCACCCCCUCCCCAAAUAUUUUCUUUUCAUUUUGAUGGGGUACAGGUCAAGUCUUUUGAACUCACAAUUUAACUGUAAAUAAGAGAAAUCUGUAUUGUAAUUUUAAAUGUCAUUUGUAAAUAGAAAAAAUGAGCCUACUAUCACAUUUUAAAUUCAAUACUACAACAGAUCACUAGUUGAAAUGACAUAUCUGCAUCUGGAUUUAAACAUUUUAUGAUAUUAUAUUUUUGUAUUUUUUAACCUUUAAGGGGAAAUGGUUUUGCAAUCAUCUGUCAUAAAUAGUGCCUUACUUGCUACUUACAAGAAUGCCUGUUCACAUAUAAAAUUUCAUGAAAAUAAAUAAAUAAACUAAAUGUUAUAUUUGAGAUUUUAUCAUUUUUAAGCUUCAGAUAAGCAAUCAGUGCUGUAUAGUACUUAUAACAUGAAUUAGUAAAUUUAAAAGUGACAGUGCAUUUAGCUGCCACUUUAUAUAUUAGGAUUGUAAAAAAAAUGUAAAUAAACGGCUUAUGUAAUAAAACACAUGGAGGAGGGGCACGACUUUUUGUAACAAGUAAAACAAACACAGAAACUGUGUAUCUCAUCAUUAUGUAGUUUGUCCCAAGAUCAGCUCCCUAAAUAUUUAUAUCCAGUUAGACUAUUUGACUGAAAAAAACAUUAACAAUCUAAUGCACAUCAAACCUACACAACAGACUAUCAGUCAUCAGCCACUACUGUUUUCAUGACAACACUUAGAUAUUUCUCUCAUUUUAUUUUCAGUUGAAUCUCUCUCUCUCUCUCUCUCUCCCUCCCACUCAACUGAUUUUCAUUCAGUGAAAGGCUGUGCUGAAUUGUAAAGGAAUGACUACAGACUUAUUGAAUAGGGCAAUGCCCAUAUGGGACAUUUAUGCUACAAGUUUUUCAACUGUUACUUAUUUUGUUUCCUGUGUCAGCUGCAAAACAAGCCAAAUAAAGUGUUCAAUUACCA